GACUACACCAUGCCACGGAGAAUAAGAGAGAAAGUCCCCGUAAUGCGUGCUUGCGAAUCGUGCGCCACUCUCCGAGUAUUACCCUUGGUUCCCUACCAGUAAAUUUCAUCACACCACACCUCGGCUAACCGACACAGCGGAGAUGCGAGCACAAAGUAGCCGUCUACCUACCUAGGAAAAGUGACGGCCCAGACGCGAAGCCACGUCCGGUAGAACCGGUUGAUGAAGCCAUGCCCGACGCUUUCUCUAAUCCUAGGACCAGGAAAAAUAAGCGUAAGGCUGCACAAGUGGAGGAGGAGGUUCCGGGGAUGGUACGAAGUGUGCGGAGGAGAAGUUUGAGGAGUGUUGGGGGUGAUAUUGUGGGCGAAGCGGUCCGACAGGCUAGCGAUGAUGAGGGACCAGUUUCCAAGGGCUCAAGCACUGGCUCUACGGAAGAGGGGGAAUUUCCAGGAGCUCCCAAUGGCCUACAGCACGGCCAGGGAGAAGAGGGAUACGAAGAUUGGAGCUCUGUAUCUAGUGGGGAUCUGCAUGAUGAACCGUCACCCCCCGGAUCUGUCAGCCUGCCCGCAAUCGCAAUCGCCUCUCCGACACCCUCGAUCGCACCAGAAGUUGAAACCCGUGGGCCAUCGCCCUUCAGUGACGACGACGACUCUGAGGGGGAAGAAAUUUUUGUCCGCCCACCCCCCGCCCCCUCCCCCCCACCGACCAGAUCCCAGUUACCUUCGUCAAAUGCCUCUCCCGCUCCUGGAUCCUCUCCGUCAGCUCCAUCAACGACGCCUUCUCCGCGGCAAGCCCCUAUCCGGCCACACUCUCGCUGGGUAGAUCCUACCAAACCUGCCAGUCGCUUUUCAGGAGGGAGGAGGUAUACUCCACUGACGCUGAACGCUUCUAUCUAUGGAGGGAGGGUC